AUGGCCCUGAUUGGCGGCUGUGCUGUUCUACUCCUCCUUCUGGCUGGCCUGGUUUCCAUGGCAGCUCUCCAGCGGCUGAAGAGUUCAGAGAUGCCUCGGCGAGUAGAAACGUUACUGAACUCCUUGCAGGAAUUUUUGCAGCACCCGCCCUCUGAUUGGCUAAAAGGCACCGAGGACUUAUUUACGCCUUCUUCGCCAGCUGUGUCACUGCAGUGGACCUACCGGGAUGGCCGACUGGUCAACCUGCCUGUCAGUCUGCUCGUGGAAGGUGACAUCAUCUCUCUACGGCCAGGCAACGAAGCCCCCACUGAGCUAAGAGGCAUCCAGGAAGAGGAGCAUGUCGUCCUUUCUCGCAGUGAUGUCUUCAGUCACCUUUCCUCCCCUCCAUCUCCACUGGACAAUGGGAGGCCGCGCCCACACCGCUUGGUCCAGCCUCAGCUCUUCAGGGUGACCAAGACUCCAGCGGUGGAUGUGGUUCAGAGAUGUUUGGAGCUCUCUCAGCACAGACCGAUCUCCGUGCUGGAUAACGAACGCUUCACUGUACAGAGUUUACUGGAGAGAGGUCCUGCUCCCCUCACACUGGUGAACGGCAUUCUGCCCCUGCUGCCCUUGACCUUCCCGUCGCUAUGGUUACUGGUGGGCAUAUACGGGGAGGUCCGUGUGCUUCUUCAGAUGGGCCCGCAGCCAACGGACUGGUGGGGCAUUCUGUCUUGGCCAAGUCCAAACCCAGAGAAGAUUCUGUUCUUCAGCAGAACAUCUGCCUCUCACGAAACAGAGAGAGUGAAACAAAAGGAGAAAGACAAAGACGAAACUGGCUCCAAAGAGCUUGCUCAGACACGGCCCCUCUGUGGUUUGGAGAUGCUGAGUCUGUCAGUGGGACGGGCACACUUUGAUGACACGCGUGUGCAGUUUGAUGACAUGCAGUGGCAGCGCCAUGCUCCAUCUCUUCGGCCACUGGGUCUAGCUGUGCAGCUGCUGCUCUCCAACCCUGUGGUGGCGGCACGCAUACUACACCUCUCUGACCACCUCACCCAUGCUGCCCUGCUGCGCACGCGCCCCCCAUGUCAGCCCGUGCGCCCACCUUGGGGACUCUACCAGCUCCCGAGGAUACUGGCAGUAGAACAGCUAGAGCUGUGGUCACCAACCCUGGUCCUGGAGAUGUACCUUGCUGCAGAGUCUAGGUCCAACCACAAUCUGCCACAGCUGCUCCAGCUAAUUAACUUCUUCAAAAGUCCUCAAUUGGCUGGAGCCAAGCAGCCAAGCAGUGAUUCUAGGCUGAGCGUGGCUGCUUACACCCUACCCACAAUCCCUUGCUCGGGAGAGCCGAGGGUGAUGGCCCCUCCUCCUGUGUCCAUGAGACGUCUCCCGUUCUCACACCUCAUCGCCCUGCUGGUGCACCACACACACACUGGCGAACUACACCUCUUCUCUUAUGGUUCUGCUGACGUUGUACUGGGAGCGUGCACUGAAUUCUGGGACGGAGAGGAUCUUCAGCCCCUGACCGAUUCAGACAGAAAGAAGGUGGUGGAUUUUUAUCAGCGCUCCUGCAUGGCUGGACAGUGUGUCGCCGUGUCAUUUAAGCCCCUGACCCAACCUUACGACCCAGAGAUGGAUGGAAUGUGUGUAGAAAUGCCGCUGAAUCAAGGUGCUGAGACUGCAGGGGACCUUUCUUUGUCUCCCCUCAGGCAGCAGGUAUUCCUAGGUCUAGUUUCCUCCCAGUACCAGGCACGACCUGACAUGAUAAGGCUCAUCUCAGGACUGGACAGUGCAUGCAUUCGCUUUGUUUAUUUCUCCAACGAGGAGGAGGUUCGCAGCAAGGUAUUUGCUGAAAAGAUGGGUCUAGAGACGGGAUGGAACUGCCACAUCUCUCUUCAAUCAGAAUGCUUUCCUCUUGAUCCAGAAAACAUUGAGGUGCCAGAAAGGGCAGAAGAGGAUUCAUGUCUGCUUGGAGAACGUGACUCUAAUGAGUCAAGGACAAUGGAACAUGAUGGGGCAUGUCUGAUUGAAGAUUUAAACAGGGCCAAACUUCCUAAAGGCAUUGAGAAUGUUCGGCCUCACCUGGAGCACAUUGAUAACGUCCCAUUACUGGUCCCUCUCUUCACAGACUGCACGUCUCAGACUGAGUGUGAGAUGGUGUGUAUCAUGCAGGAGUAUGGAGAAGUUGUGUGUUGCCUUGGGAGCAGUCAGAACAUCAAUAACAAUGGCAUCUUCCUGCAGAGCGACAUUAGUAUUGCUUUAGAGCCUCUGGCUCCCGCGUGGACUCAGUCCAGUUCCGAUGCCCCUCAGAGGCCGUCACACUCCCGAGACUCUGGAAGUCUGGCUCAGCUCUCUAGCGCCAUCUGUGGGCUGGCCUGUACAGUGCAGCUCCACCACCAGGACAACAGCACGGUCAUCAAACUCAUCAAGCAGGCUCGACACAUUACAGCUGGUAUCAGGAAGUGCUUUCUGUUUCUCCUACAGUGUCAGCUCUCCCUCGUUCUGAUCCAGAUUCUGGCGAGUGUGUGCCAGCUGCCUCCUCCUCUGGCUACCAGUGAUGUCCUCUUUCUCUCUUGUUUAUAUUUCCCUAUUCUCAGUGUGUCCUUGCUGGGAAAGCCAUCUGACAGUUCCAUCAUGAAAGUUCCUACAGGGAAAAAUCUGAGAUUCCUACCAAAAAAGACCCUACGUUUCUUCAUGCUGUGCUUCCUGGUGAAGUUUGGCCUGACUGUGUGCAUCUACUUAACAUGCUUUGGCCUCGUUCUGCACGGCUUCUGCCUCGAAAUAAACCAUGAAGAUGAAAAGCUCUGCUACCCAACAGCUCUGCUAAUGAAUUCAACAGUGUGGUCUCCAGACUGGUACGGCAAACAUUCUGAUGGUCUGUCUCUAGCACAGAAAGUCAUCGCCUUCCUUGUGCUGCUCUACGCUAGUGAGUAA